AUGCUGAAAAAACGGCUCAUUGCUCUUCUCAUUUGGAUUCUUCUCGCUAUCGGACUCACUGGCUGGCUCAUCGUCGAGAGUGCAAAGUUCAGAACUCUCAGUGAACUGGUCUUAUCGAUUUGGAAUGGACCUACAAAAGGAGCUUUGGAUGCUCAGUUCGAAAAGGAAAUGUUCAAGGAUGCACCACGCGUAUGUGCUCAGUGUGCAGGAGGAAAUUUUAUACUUGAUGACGUCGUUCAAAUUCCGCAGGCUAUGGAAUGGAAAGAAGACGAGUGGAAGCAAACGGAUUGUGUCAAUGGUGUGAUCCGUUUCCGGAGCUGUCAAACGAGUUGUGCAACCAUCAUGAUUCAGAAGGAGGACACGUUGGACAGUGUGCUCAUGGACUGCGCCCAGUUAAACUUUCUUGCUCUUCAUUUCGAAGAAACCGUUGAAUACGUGGGAACCCGAGACGGCUGGACCAUCACCUAUCUUUACAAUCGAACAUCGUCCGAGAAAGCAGAUUGGAUCGCUAACAAUUUGUCUGGAAAAGUUGGUUAUCGUCGGGAUGAAGGAGACAUGAGUGAAAUCAACAAAGCACUCUUGAUUCUUUUCUUCAUGGCUAUCUUUUCUGCCAUAGUCACUGUUCUAGGCUGGUACCUCACGAAUUUGUUCAUGAAGCUGUCUGCGCAUCUGGCAAGGAAAAGACGUCACCAACAACGAAGACGUGCUUUAGAGAAGAUGGGAAGCUUUGGAAAUGUGGAUAGCAGACUGUACAACGACAUGGAUGGAAGUGAAGAGCUCAAAGUGAUCUACACUGUGAAGGAAGAGAAGGUCACAGUCAAGAAGUAUUCGGAAAAAAAGCUCAUCACCAUGGAGUUCGCGAGUCUCGGAAAACCGGAAGAAAUUAUUGGAUGCAUCCCCGACAAUGCUGAACCGAAGUUGGAGUAUGAAUGGCGGAGGCUGCAGAAGGAAUCUGUAAAGGAAACUAAGGAGACAUCUCAGAAGAAAACACAAAAAACUCAAAAAAUUGAAGUUGUGAAAGUGGAUGAGGAAAUGGAAAGACAAUUUCUGCACAGCUCUGAGAGGCCAAUCAGCUUGAAUCCGAUUGCGGAGCACGCGUAUUUUGAGUGGGAUGACGAACCAGACAAUGCUGAUAAUCAUGAAAAUCUGGAGCAGAGAAAUCAGCAGAAGAUGGAAGAACUGACGGAGAUUUCUGGGAGCCAUAUUUGA